AUGGGUUCUUAUAAAUACAGAUUUUUACAACAGAAAAGUUUAUUACCAUCUAGAAAAUUACCAGAUGCUCUCAUUAUAGGAGUUAAAAAGGGUGGAACAAGAGCAUUAUUAGAAUUUAUCAGGCUUCAUCCUGAUGUAAGAGCAGCUGGUUCAGAAGUGCAUUUUUUCGAUAAGCACUACAACAGAGGUUUCAAAUGGUAUAGACGUUGUAUGCCAGCUACAUUAGAGGGUCAGAUAACUAUGGAAAAAACUCCCAGUUACUUUAUUACAAAAGAAGUUCCAAAAAGAGUUCAUGCCAUGAACCCACUAACAAAACUUGUCGUCGUCGUUCGGGAUCCUGUUACUAGAGCUGUAUCAGAUUACACUCAAGCAGCCAGCAAAAGACCUGACAUAAAACAAUUUGAAGAAUUAGCUUUUUCAAAUGGUAGUCAUGGUAUAGUCAAUACUUCAUGGGGUCCUGUUAAAAUUGGAAUUUACGCUCGUUUCUUCGAAAGAUGGCUGCAUUACUUUCCAUUAUGA